AUGGGAGGCAAACAUUAUUUCGUAUGGUCUUUGGGCUCCAAAUCAAAGCGGGAAAUCUUCAUCUAUCGCACCGCCAAAACUAUGAAGAUCAAUCCCUCGGAUCAAGGAAAUUCCGGUAAUUUUUUGGUUAUAUCCCAAAAGGAUCAUAAUUCAAUUCAUCAUUCAAGCUUUCUAGUAAGAAUCAUGGAGGUUGACAAGGAACAACAUGAGGAUAUCCUUGACUAUAAUAUAGAAGAUGAGCUAGAUGAUGGAAACCAAGAAUAUGAUUCGGAGACAGAGGAUGGCGAAAAUAAAGACAUUCACUACAAUAGCCAAUCAGAUUUGGAAGAAGAAAUCCAUAAAAUAGUUCCUACAAGGUCAAAUAGGAAGAAGGGCAUGACUCGGUUGCUAAAACUGAAGAUUGAAUAUGUCAAUUCUGGUGGUAAAAAAAAUGUCACACCCCAAACCCAGAACGGCGGAAUCGUUCGAGGGUGGAUGACUUCAUGUACAGUAUCAUAA